CCAUUACUACUACUCCUCCUCCUCCUAUGACUCUUGUUACCGUAAUAAACUGUGAAAGCAAAUGAAGAAAUGUAUCUGAACGUCGUAGCUUCCCAAAAAAACGUCUUGUCAGUAAUCAAAACUGUCUUUAGAUCAUGUAACAAGAAGAAAUUAGGUGACAAAACGUAUAUAAGACACCUGGGUCUUUGUAAAUUAACGGAUCCUGUGAUAGGCCUAAGCGGUAGGCCUAUCCUUCACGAUUACGAUAAGAGGCCUACAAUUACCUUUUUGUCUGAUGUUAAGGACCUCGGGCUACACCAGAGGAGGUUCUACAGAGGUAGUCCGCAUAGCAGGAAUACCAAGGACACUCCACAGUUGAUGAAUUUCCCAUGGGUCAUAUGGCCAAGUCUGUGGUACACAUUCCGAAAUUGGAUAUUUGCCAACUUAAUUAUUAGACCUUACCUGGACAGAGAUUUUACACUAUCAUCAUUCAAAAGUGGAGCUAUUCAGGCUAUCGUUCAUGUCUCCCAAGAGCUUUCAAAAGGGAACUUUGGUGCUCUUGAAGGGUUCAUCACCAAACCAAGCCUUGAGGAAGCACAAAACAAUUAUGCUCUUUUGUCCUUGAAACAAAGACUUGAUCUUGCUGUAGUAGCUGAAGACAUAUUUUUCUGCUUUCCAUACCAGAUUGGAGUGAUAUUCACAAAUGAAGGUGGGCCAAAGGAACGCAUAUUUGUUGAAAUCACCAUGUGUUAUCACAUCUUUAAAGGACUUCAAGACCACAUUGAAAGUUUAGUCAAAACUGAUGGUUCUGGUCCUUUACAAGGUGUUUAUGACAACUACGACCGAAUUUCCAUUGCUAAUUACAGAUUCAUACGUGAAUUUACUAAAGGAGUUGAUGAUGAUUGGACCGUGAAUGUAGCCAAUCACUUUAAACCAGGAGAAUAUAUUCAGGAGCAACGUUAGAAUGAAAAAUACUGGAGGAUGCACCAGUUUUAAGAGGAUGAAACCCUGAGAGUCAACUAGAAGGACAAAGCUCUUAAGAUGUGGACAAACUACCUUGUGUAAAUGUUCUUAUAAUUCUGCAAAAUAAAUUGGGAUACCAUUUGUCGACCACUACAUUUGACAUAUUUUGCAAUUCAUAUUUCUUUGAAACGGUCAAUCACAUUAUGUAGAUACAGAUCAUAAGUUUACUAAAUUUAUUCAGUCUUAACUUGUAAAAACAUAAUAUAGAAGUGUAGAUAUAAAAAUGUACCCACUCACUAACUGAAACAGUUUUAAUUAUUAAAGAUAUAAUUUUCAAAAAGACAGUUGUG